UCUAAAAAUGAGGAAUAAUGAUUCGGUAAUUUAAAUAAACUCACUUCGUCAAUGUAUUAGUGUACCUAAUAAAGUGCCGCGAGCGUCUCCGUUUUUGGUCUCCAGGGGGAGCGCGAGUGUGGCCAGCACGCGCGCAUAACUGACGCACAAUGGCGCCCGCCCGCCGGGAUUUGGUGGAACUUUGCCCCAGUGAGAGCUUUGCAUUGUGCGGGAAGGAGACAAGACAAGUACAACCUCGCAGCACCCGCCACCGCCACAACAACGGACGCCAUCACGAGCGACGCAUUGACGCUUCUGCUUUUCCUCUCCUUCCGGUUCGGAGCGACGACGAUGCGCCGUAGCGAGGAGGAGGAGGAGGAGGAGGAGGACGCACCCGGCGGAGCCCGGUCGUGAGGUCGGCGCCGCGGGAUCCCCGCCAUGCCGGCCAGGAGGAACCGCUACAACCUGGUGGACGACGUGGCCGACGCCAGGCUGCCGCUGCACAACGACGAGGCGUACCAGCACGGCAUCUCCUUCCAAGCCAAGUAUGUGGGGAGUCUGGAUGUGCCGCGGCCCAACAGUCGCAUGGAGAUCGUGGCGGCCAUGAGGAGGAUCCGGUACGAGUUCAAGGCCAAGAACAUCAAGAAGAAGAAGGUCAGCAUGGUGGUCUCCGUGGACGGCGUCAAGGUGCUGCUGCGCAAGAAACAGAAGAGGAAAGAGUGGACGUGGGACGAGAGCAAGAUGCUCAUCAUGCACGACCCCAUUUACAGGAUUUUCUACGUGUCGCACGACUCGCAAGACUUGAAGAUCUUCAGUUACAUCGCCAGAGACGGCUCCGGCAAUUCCUUCCGCUGCAACGUCUUCAAAUCCAAGAAGAAGACGCAGGCCAUCCGCAUUGUGAGAACCGUCGGUCAGGCUUUCGAGGUUUGCCACAAGCUGAGUCUGCAGCACGCCGAGCAGGACGCCGACGGGCAGAGCGACAAGUCGGCCGAGGAGUCCGGACGUGCCGGCCAGACUUCGACGGGGGCCAAGCGAGGGGAGGAGGACGGUAAAGGAGGACGAGUGGAGGACGAGGACGAGGAGGAGGAGGAUGCUGCAGCCGGCACGUCGCUAUGCGAAAAGACGGUCGAUGACAUCCUACACAGUCUGGCUGAGCUUCGCGUGGUUAAACCGGGGCACACCAUCAUGGACUUUUCCGGAAGGUCCUUGUUCACGGUGACUUGCCAGGGCGUGGCUCCCUGCAGCCCGAGCUCGGCCGCUGGCUCGCUGGCGUCACGCCACUACUUGCAGCUCCUUCAGCAGCAGCUGCAGCAGCAGGAGCAGCACACGCAGGUGGCCGUCGCUCAGGUGCAGCUGCUGAAGGAUCAGAUGGCGGCCGAGAGCGCCGCCCGCAUGGAGGCGCAAGCGCGCUCGCACCAGCUGCUCAUGCAGAACCGCGACCUGCUGCAGCACCUGGGCCUGCUGGUGCAGCAGCUCCGGCAGCUGGAGGCCGGACCCGACGGCCGGGAGGCGGAGCUUCAGCCCCGGGAGGCGCCGCUCAACGGAUGCGCGACGAGGCCUCUGUCGCUGCCUCUCAAUCUGAAGGAGCACAGCGACGACACCUCGGAGCAGCUCGUCGCGUCCACACCCGGACGGCGUCCGCACACCGCCCCCGCCUCCGCCCUCUCGCGCGUGGGCGACUCCGAGUCCUUCCCGCUCGGCCCGGAGGACGGCCGCGAGCCCUUCCUCGACGGCGGGGAGGGCGCGACGUCCGUCGAGGUGGUCCCCGUCACGUCGAGGAGAGCGUCCGGCGUCGAGGAAAAGUUUCAAGCGCCCAUCCCGAAGCUGGACCCUCCCCCUCCCUCCACGAACCGCAAGCGAGCCAGCCGGACCUUGUCUCCGGGCUCCGUCGCCGCCGGCCUCCUCCUCUUCUCCUUCCCGGACGCCACGCCCGGCUCGCUGUCGUCGGCCGACUUCCACUCGCUCAGCAGCUCGUGCUCGGCCAGCGACGACUCGGGCGUGCGUUCCGAGACCAAGUCGCUGCUGUCGCCUCUGCGGGGGGGGGGGGACAACGACGAGGGCGGGGACGUGUUCGGGGAGCGCGGGACUUUUCGGACUCGGGCCCUCGGCGGGCGCGAGGAGAGUCCGGGCUCGGACGACCGCCGCCCGCCCGCCUCGUCCCCCGUGAACGAAACCUGCCUUCACAUCAGCUUCUCCGAGGACGAGCUUCUGGAAAACUGCCAGGAAGACCUCGCCGUCCCGCAGCGGAGUUAAGGGAACUGCUUUUACGCAUUUCUUACUUAUUCCUCUUGUUUGUUCCGCAACCCAGACAGCCGUCUAUCGGACAAACCAUUAGCCGUGGACAGAUUUAGUAUUUUUAUAAGGGAAAUCAUCACCGUUCAGUGUACUUUUUAGUGAUUAGGAGAAACACACCUAGCAGAUGUUUUGCACUACAAUUCGCCCGUUCCAAAAUCGGCGACAGUUGACUGUAUUCCGAAACAUCACAAACGUUUUUUUUUUUUUAAUAUAGAUAGUCAACAUUAAAUCUCUCAUUUAGCGAUCGUUCAAAUUUGGGAAGAGCCUCAACGCCUGCCAAGCACCUGAUUGGAUGAUGGGAUAGAAGGACUAAGGAAGUCAGACAAAGGGGGGUGGGGGGGGGACUACAAAAAAAAAAAACAGUUCAACGUUCAAUUGUAAAAACUGAAAAGAGAAAAAGAAAAAUGUAAGUUUAAGAAUAUUAACAUUUGGUACAAGAAAAAGUCACAUUUUUCAAGCAUAAAGUCAAAAUGUUAUGAGAAAAAAAGUCGUGAUGCUACGGGGAAAAAGUAAUGCUACAAAAAAUGUAAUGUUACAAGAAGAAUACGGUUGUAGCGUUAUCGGGGAAACAAUAAAAUUACGAAAAUACUGUAUAUGUAAAGGUAUGAGAAUAAAGUCGAACUAUUAGUGACGUACUGUUAGCAUAAAAUCGUACUAUUAUGAGAAAAAAAGUCAAUGUUACGUGGGAAAAGGUUGUUGUGUUAGAAUAAAGUUGCAAGAUUACCAGAACAGUCAUAAAGAUAAAACAACAAAGUCGAAAUUUGACAGCGUAAUUGCAGGUGAAAAAGGUCGGAAAGUUACGAGAAUAGUCGUAAAAUCGUGAGGGGGAAAAAAUGGGAAGUUGUAGGAGUAAAGUCGUAACGUCCCGAAAAGGAAUACAGUUAUGAUGUUACGAGAAAAAGCAAAUGCUAUGAAAAUAAAAUCGGGGAAAAGAGCUGUGUUACGGAAAUAUAUAUAUUUUUAAUUAUCAAGUUAAAGGAUAAAGUGAAAUUAUUACGCCAAUAAUUUCAAAUGCAAAAAGUCUUAGUUGAUAAAGUCAAAAUAUUGCAGCAAUAAUUAAACAAGCAAGAACUCAUUCUACAUGGUAAAUGUUAUGAACAAAUUUAAGCAAGUUUAUGAGCAUAAAAUUGUACUAUUACAAGAAUACUCGCAUCGUACUGUUGUAUGAAGAAAUUUGUAAUGUAAGAAUGAUGUUUAGAUUUCAAGGAAAUUUUUAAAGUUAGAAUAAACUCAAAAUGUCAAAUGUUUUUUUUUUUUUUUUUAAUAAAAAAUUGUAAUCUUGAGGUAGCCAUAAUAUUUUUGAAUGACAAAAUUCCCACUUUGCGACUUUUUCUCGAAUAUACUUGACCUUUUUAUUGUAAGCUUGAGACUUUUCACGUAAUAUUCAGACUUUUUUUUCCCUGGGAAAAAAUGACAACAUUGCGACUAAUUGGACGGAUUUAUUCUGGUGUGAGCGCGAGAGCCGUGAUGGAUUGAAGUUGCGUAGUUGCGGGUGUAAGGAUAUCCGUUGGCGAAGGCCAAAAAAUAAAAAAGCAAUAAUAAUAAAAAUGAAUUGAGACAA